AUGUGGCGUCGAGUAUUAAUACCCAUUGAGCUGCCGCUUGGAUCAGCUGAAGAUGCAGAUGUGGCCCAGAAAGUCCUGCAGGGGCCCUCAGCUGGAGGCUUGCAGGGGCCUGCAAUUCGAAAUGCUCACAAGAUAGUUGGACGAAGCCUGGGGGCUGUGAACUUCUUGGUGACAGGUUCUUGGAAAGUGGAGCACAUUUCCAAAGGGAACAACUGCCUGGAUGCAGCCAAGGCCUGCAACCUGGAUGACACCUGCAAGAAGUACAGGUCUGCGUACAUCACCCCGUGCACUACCAGCAUGUCCAAUGAGGUCUGCAACCGCCGCAAGUGCCACAAGGCCCUCAGGCAGUUCUUCGACAAGGUCCCUGCCAAACACAGCUAUGGAAUGCUCUUCUGCUCCUGCAGAGACAUCGCCUGCACUGAGAGGCGGCGACAGACUAUCGUGCCCGUGUGCUCCUAUGAGGAACGAGACAAGCCCAACUGCCUGAACCUGCAGGACUCCUGCAAGACAAAUUACAUCUGCAGAUCUCGACUUGCAGAUUUUUUUACCAACUGCCAGCCCGAGUCAAGGUCUGUUAGCAGCUGUCUUAAGGAGAACUAUGCAGACUGCCUCCUGGCCUACUCAGGACUGAUUGGCACAGUCAUGACCCCCAACUACAUAGACUCCAGCAGUCUCAGUGUGGCCCCGUGGUGUGACUGCAACAACAGUGGAAAUGACCUGGAAGAGUGUUUGAAGUUCCUGAAUUUCUUUAAGGACAAUACGUGUCUCAAAAAUGCGAUUCAAGCCUUUGGCAAUGGCUCAGAUGUGAACAUGUGGCAGCCAGCUCUGCCAGCACAGACCACUACUGCCACCACCACCACUGCCUUCCGGGUCAAGAACAAGCCUCUAGGGCCAGCAGGGUCUGAGAAUGAAAUCCCCACACACGUUCUGCCACCUUGUGCAAAUCUUCAGGCACAGAAGCUGAAAUCCAAUGUGUCGGGCAGUACCCAUCUCUGCCUUGCUGAUCAUGAUUUUGGAAAAGAUGGUCUUGCUGGUGCCUCCAACCACAUAACCCCAAGAUCAAUGGCUGCUCCUCCCAGUUGCGGUCUGAGCUCACUGCCGGUGCUGGUGGCCACCACUCUGGCCACCCUAUUUUCUGUAUCCUUGGCAGAAACAUCGUAG